GUCCACACAUGCCGCUAUUAAGCAGACGUUUCGGUGAUCUUAUACUCGUACCCCACCUCCUUUUGAAUUUUCUACUGUUUUCACUCGUUUGAAGAGCGUUUUAGAUGUUUGUAAGAUUUUUUUUUUUACUGUGACAUUCAUAUAAUGGACGAUAAAAAUUUUACGUUUUAGCAGCUUUAAAAUGAAAUGACAAUCAACUUGCCUCGAGGGACGCUCCUUGGACAGCUCGAGGAAGGGAAGGUGAAUUUCUUAGCAUUCACGCACUGAAGCAGGAAGUUGCAAAGAAGAGAUAAUGGGGAGUAAGGAGCGUUACCAUUGGCAAACCCAGAAUGUCAAGGUCAGCGGGGUGGACGACAUGGUCCUGCUGUCAAAGAUCAAUGAAGAAGCCAUCACGGACAAUCUCAAGAAGAGAUACAUGGACGACUACAUCUUUACAUAUAUAGGACCCGUGCUGAUCUCAGUCAACCCCUUCAAACAGCUGCCAUACUUCACUGAUAGAGAGGUGGAGCUGUACCAAGGAGCUUCCCAGUAUGAGAAUCCCCCUCACAUCUACGCCCUGGCCGAUUACAUGUACCGCAACAUGAUGAUCGACUGUGAGAACCAGUGUGUCAUUAUCAGUGGUGAGAGCGGAGCUGGAAAGACAGUAGCAGCCAAGUACAUCAUGAGCUACAUCUCCAAAGUGUCAGGUGGAGGGGCCAAAGUUCAGCAUGUGAAAGAUAUCAUUCUUCAAUCCAACCCUCUGCUGGAGGCCUUUGGGAAUGCCAAGACAGUCCGCAACAACAACUCCAGUCGCUUUGGGAAGUAUUUUGAGAUCCAGUUCAGUCGGGGAGGAGAGCCGGACGGAGGGAAGAUCUCUAACUUCCUGUUGGAGAAGUCCAGGGUGGUGUCUCAGAACCAGGGGGAGAGAAACUUUCACAUCUACUACCAGGUCUUAGAGGGCGCAAGUAAAGCGCAGAGGGAGAACCUGGGUAUCACCACGCCAGAUUACUACCUCUACCUCAACCAGUCCGGCACCUACACUGUAGAGGACGUCAAUGACAAGAAAGAGUUAGCAGACACCAUGGAGGCCAUGUCUGUUGUGGGUCUGUCCCUGGAUGAGCAGGACACAGUGUUGCAGAUCGUAGCAGGCAUCUUGCAUCUGGGCAACAUUGCCUUCCGAGAGGAGGGCAACUAUGCUGUGGUGGAGAGUGAGGACUUCCUGGCUUUCCCAGCCUUCCUGUUGGGCAUUUCCCAGGAGGGCCUGAAGAACAAGCUGACCAGUCGCAUCAUGGACAGCAAAUGGGGGGGCAAGACUGAGACGAUCGCCGUCACCCUCAACACGGAGCAGGCCUGCUUCACACGCGACGCCCUCUCCAAGGCCCUCUACUCCCGUCUCUUCGACUACCUUGUGGACUCUAUCAACAAGGCCAUGCAGAAAGACCAUGAGGAGUUUAACAUUGGUGUGUUGGACAUCUAUGGCUUUGAGAUCUUCCAGCAAAACGGCUUUGAGCAGUUCUGCAUCAACUUCGUUAACGAGAAGCUGCAGCAGAUUUUCAUUGAGCUCACACUAAAGGCUGAGCAGGAGGAGUAUGUACAGGAAGGAAUCAAGUGGACCCCGAUCGAAUACUUCAACAAUAAAAUAGUGUGUGACCUCAUCGAGUCCAAACUGAAUCCGAUUGGCAUCAUGAGUGUCCUGGAUGACGUGUGUGCCACCAUGCAUGCCAAGGGCGACGGCGCUGACCAGAUGCUGGUCCAGAAGCUCCAAUCCCAGAUUGGCACCCAUGAACACUUUAACAGCUGGAAUAAAGGAUUCAUUGUUCAUCACUACGCGGGAAAGGUGUCGUACACAGUCAGUGGCUUCUGUGAGAGGAAUCGGGAUGUGCUUUUCCCUGACAUCAUCGAACUGAUGCAGAGCAGCGAAUUUGUCUUCAUCAAAGACCUCUUCAAAGAAAACCUUGAGGCAGAGAAGAAGGGCCGUCCAACCACAGCUAGCAACAAGAUCAAGAAACAAGCAAACACCCUGGUGAGCACGCUGAUGAAAUGCACGCCACACUACAUUCGCUGCAUCAAGCCCAACGAGACCAAGAAACCGAGAGACUGGGAGGACUCGCGAGCCAAGCACCAGGUGGAGUACCUGGGCCUACGCGAGAACAUCCGAGUGCGCAGGGCGGGCUACGCUUUCCGGCGGCCCUUCGCUAAGUUUCUGCACAGGUAUGCCAUCCUAACCAAGGAGACAUGGCCCAAGUGGCAGGGGGAGGAACGGCAGGGUGUUCUCCACCUGCUGAAGUCUGUCAACAUGGACCAGGACCAGUACCAGCUGGGCAAGACCAAGAUCUUUAUCAAAGCCCCAGAGUCAUUGUUCCUGCUUGAAGAGAUGCGGGAGAGGAAGUUCAACGGCUACGCCCGUGUCAUCCAGAAAGCCUGGCGCAAACACAUUGCUGUGCGCAAGUACGUCCGCAUGAGGGAGGAAGCAUCCGACAUCCUGUUGAACAAGAAGGAGAGAAGGAGGAACAGCCUCAACCGCAACUUUGUGGGUGACUACAUAGGCACAGACAACCACCCCGAGGUCCGCCAGUUUGUGGGCCGCCGUGAGAGGAUUGACUUUGCGGACGUGGUCGUCAAAUAUGACCGCAGAUUCAAGACUGUGAAGCGUGACCUCAUCCUGACCCCUAAGUUCUUGUACAUGAUUGGUCGAGAAAAGGUGAAGCAAGGCCCAGACAAGGGGCAGAUCCGCGAGGUUCUGAAGAGACAGAUUGAGAUUGACAAGAUCCAGUCCAUCUCUCUCAGUACUUUGCAGGAUGACUUCUUUAUCGUCCAUGAGGAGCACUAUGACAGCGUCCUCCAGAGCAUCUUCAAGACUGAGUUCCUUAGUCUGCUCUACAAGCGCUAUGAGGAAAAGGCCCUCCGGAAGCUUCCUCUCAAGUUCAACAACCUACUGGAGUUUAAGGUGAAGAAAGGUGGCUGGGGUCCCUUUGGGGCAGCAGGCUCCAGACAAAUCCAGUUCCAGAUGGGCCAGGGAGACGACGUGGUUGUCAAGCCCAGCAGUAAGGUCCUUGUAGUCAGCAUCGGACCCGGACUUCCCAAGAACUCCAGGCCGACACGCAGGGACAACAGGAAAAGUCGCUACAUGGACAAACAGACCCCUGGAUCUGGACAGUACUCACGCGGCUCCCCCAGGACUAGAGGUGGGAGCCGUGCUGGAGGUGAUCGCCAGGGCGGCCGUCCUCCCUCGUCCAGGAGUUCAAUGCUGCGUCAGCAGGCCAGUAUGGAUCAGCCUAGCCUGCCUCGACACCAGGGCUCCCGGCAGCCCUCCAAGCGCUCCAACAACAGCAACCUCGGCCAGGCCGACAUGGGCUUCAUGGGAGUACCUGAUCAGGGGGUGGCUGGUCUUCAUCGUCGACGUUCAAAGGAGUACAAGCCUCCCCCAGGAGCUAACCGCCCUAAACCAGCUCCCAGGCCUAAACCUCGCACCCCGCAGUGCAGGGCGCUCUACGCCUACGAUGCUCAGGACACAGAUGAGCUGAGCUUCAACCCAGACGAUGUCAUAGAGGUCCUCACUGAAGAUCCCUCGGGCUGGUGGUAUGGUCGUCUGCGAGGGAGAGAAGGCAUGUUCCCUGGAAACUAUGUUGAGAAGAUCUAGUUGAAAGCAUUUAAAGUGGAUGCUUUAUUCUAACACAAACAGUUGACACAAAAACAACAGGACUUUACAUCAUGGAAUCAUGGUCUUGCCAAAAACGAAACAUUCUGCAGUGUACUCCCAAUGUUUUUUUUUUUAAGGGGGGUCUAUUUUAGCAAGGAAAAUGUUAAAAACCAUAUUGAGCACUUUUAAAUAUACCCUUUAGACUGGUUUAAUGGAAAUUCAUUUGUUCAAUCUGGUUUGCCACAUUUCUAUAUAAAAGCAAAUAUGGGUCACGUAGUCCUUGAAGCUGGAAUACAUUUUGUUUUUCUAUAACCAUAUCAAACAAUUGUUUGUAUGUGGUACUAUAUGUAUCAAAUUAACACAACUAUGGUAUAGCAAAGUAAGUCAAGUGAGCUUUAGCAUCCUGCACAACUUGAAAUGUAUAUCGACAUUACAGUUACUAUUACGUCAGUUGUUAAGAUUUUAUUGUUCAGCAAAAACAUGUUUUAUUUGAUUGUAUAUUGGCUAGAAGAGCAUAAAAUAAAGACGUUUAGAUGAUUA